CUCAAAUUGUUUAGUCCCGCCAUCAUCCAACAUCUAACACAUCUCGCCACGCGUGUCGGCCUCGGCUGCCACCCGUUUCUGCCACUUUCACGCUCGCCAACACCAUUGGCGCGCAUCUUCGCAAGACUCGGCGCCACCCAACGCGCUGUCGCAGCUGAACGGCAACCCGCAUUUCACUUCACUAGAGGCGGUUUUCGACGUCGACGACCACCAAAAAUGUCUUCCCCAGGCAACACCACGCCUCUUGCGACUGACAAGACCAACGGAGCUGUCUCGCAACCCACCAUUUCUAAGAGCGUGGAUCGAGCCAUGGACAAGUCAGCUUCGCCACCCCGCCAAAAUGGCGAUGUCGAGCCCGGCAUCUCACUCCGCAUGGGCCCCGUCGAAGAUAUGGACACAGACGGAGCUGCCGCCAAUGGUCUCGCGAACGGAAAGCGCAAGUCACGCGGAAGCUUGCCAAACGGAAAAAGCUACAAAGAGGCUUCUAGCUCGGAGGAAGACGACAAGCCAUUGAGCAAGCGGCGUAAAACAUCAAUUGAUAAGGGAGCCUCUGCUUCCGAUUCGGAGCUAAGCGACGUUCCUUUGGCGCGAAAGACGGCUAGAAAACCCCCAAAAGCAAAGCCAGCAGACAUCGGUAUGUCUUCUGAUUCCGACGUCCCCCUUGGUGCCAAACUCGCUGGGGAGAAAAAGAAGAUCGAGAAAGCAGCAGAGCAGGAGGCCAAGGCAAUACGUGCGGGGUCUCAAAAGACUGCUCCUAAGCGAAAGCCGAAGAAGGCGGAGAGCGAGAGUGAGGAUGACGAUGUUCCGUUGGCAAAGAAGAAGAAGCCAGCUGCAGCUGCCAAAAAAGCAAAUGGUGUCAAGAAAGAAGAAUCUGAUGACGACGUUCCGCUCAGCAAGAAGGCCCCUCCCGCAAAGAAAAAUACCGCAAAAUCAGCGACUCCUGCUCCGGCGAAGAAACUCGCCAGCAGAGGAAAGGCUACCAAAAAGGAAACCGAGGAAGAUCUUGAAGCGGAAGCUGAGGAAGAUGAGUACAGAUGGUGGGAAGACCCGACUAAGGGUGACGGUACUAAGAAGUGGAACACGCUCGAACACAACGGUGUCGUAUUCCCUCCUGAAUACGAACCUCUUCCCUCGAACGUCAAAUUGUUGUACGAUGGCGUUCCGGUCAACCUCCACAAGGAUGCCGAGGAGAUUGCUACCUUCUACGGUUCAAUGCUGAACUCAACGCACAACGUCGAAAACCCUACCUUCAACAAAAACUUCUUCACCGAUUUCAAGGAAGUGCUCAACAAGACGGGCCAUGCAACAGGCCUUGAUGGCAAAAAAAUCAAGAUCGAGAAAUUCGAAAAGUGCGAUUUCAAACCCAUUUUCAACUACUAUGACGCUCAACGCGAGGCUAAGAAGGCGCUCCCCGCGGCCGAGAAGAAAGCUCUCAAAGCGGCUAAGGACGAGGUGGAAGCUCCCUAUAUGUUUUGCAUGUGGGAUGGUCGCAAGCAGAAGGUUGGCAACUUUCGCGUCGAACCCCCGGGGCUUUUCCGUGGUCGUGGCGAGCAUCCAAAGACGGGGAAGGUCAAGAAGAGGGUUACGCCUGAGCAGAUCACAAUCAAUAUCGGCGAGAAGGCCCAAGUUCCCGCUCCUCCACCUGGCCACAAGUGGAAGGAGAUAAAGCACGACCAUGAAGGAACUUGGCUUGCGAUGUGGCAGGAGAACAUCAACGGAGCCUACAAGUACGUUAUGCUAGCAGCGAAUUCGGACGUCAAGGGCCAAAGCGAUUUCAAGAAAUUCGAGAAAGCUAGGGAGCUUAAAAAGCACAUUGAUCGCAUUCGAAAGGACUACCGAAGGGAUCUGAAGUCCGAGGUCAUGGCCGAUCGGCAACGUGCGACUGCUGUGUAUCUCAUUGAUCAGUUCGCUCUUCGUGCUGGCAAUGAGAAGGGAGAAGACGAGGCCGAUACUGUGGGCUGUUGUUCACUCAAGUUCGAGAACGUCACAUUGAAGCCGCCUAACAAGGUCAUUUUCGACUUUCUCGGCAAGGAUAGCAUCCGCUUCUAUGAUGAAGUAGAGGUCGAUCCGCAAGUCUUCAAGAACUUGAAGAUUUUCAAGAAGGCGCCGAAGAAAGACGGAGAUGAAAUCUUCGAUCGCUUGACGACCUCUGGCCUCAACAAAUACCUCAGCACCUACAUGCAGGGUCUAACCGCCAAGGUGUUCCGUACCUACAACGCCUCGUACACCAUGUCGAAGCUGUUGAGGGACAUGAAGGCCGAGGGCAAUAUCGCCGAUAAGGUGAAGAGGUACAACGACGCCAAUCGCGAGGUUGCCAUUCUUUGCAACCACAAGCGGACGGUGGCUGCCGGUCACGCCGGGCAAGUGGAGAAGAUGCAGGACAAGAUCAACGGUCUUCGGUACCAGCAAUGGCGUAUCAAGCAGAUGAUGCUCGAUAUUGAUUCGAAGAUCAAGAAGAAGAAGGGAGCCGAGUAUUUCGAGCUGCCCGAAGAUCUUAGCAAAGAGUGGGUCGAGGAGCAUCAGAAGGCGCUGGUGGCGGAGCAGCGCGAGAAGAUCAAGAAGAAGUUUGAAAAGGACAACGAGAAGCGGGCGGCCGAUGGCGAGAAGGAGAUGAAGCCCAAGGAGCUGGACGAGCGGAUGGAGGUGGCGGACGAGAUGGAGCGCAAGUUCAAGAAGGAGAACAAGACGGGCAAGGUCGAGGCCGAGGGCAAGGGCCCGACGGUGGAGAAGUUCGAAGGGCAGCUGGACAAGCUCCAGCAGCGCAUAGAGACGAUGAAGAUCCAGCUGGAGGACAAGGAGGAGAACAAGGAAGUGGCUCUUGGCACCUCCAAGAUUAAUUACAUUGAUCCGCGGCUCACGGUCGUCUUCUCGAAGAAGUUCAACGCGCCGAUUGAGAAGUUCUUUUCGAAGACGCUGCGCGAGAAGUUUGAUUGGGCGAUCAAGUCGGUCGACGAGACGUGGGAGUUUUAGGCGAAGGGAAGGGGACUUGGGGACCGAGGCGGGGCGUGGCGGACGAGCCGUCCCGCCGGGAAUUGGGACGAGUAAUGGCUUGGGGCAGGAGUGUUUUGCGCAUCAAGCCUCGUCGAGCUGCAGGUGCGGGACGAUCCUGGGCGGGUCACUGCAUGCGGUGCGGCUCUAAGUAGGGUAGCAUGAGAGUAAUCGACGAGCGCCCUCAUAAUGUCG